AUGGAGGAGACCGAGGAGAUCGAUGUGCCGGAAUUUUAUGAAGAAGCAGAAGAAGAUGAUGAUGAUGAUGAAGCCACUAAAGGGUUCUAUGAUUUCGAACCCCUUCCCACACUGCUGGAGGACGAGGAGAACGUAUCCUUGGCUGAUAUUUUGUCACUACGAGAUAACUGUCUUACUGAGCAGGAUAUUUUGGCUAUCUGCCUGGAGUGUUGCUGUUCCUUGAAGAGUAUCUCUCAUUCAGGCAUAUUUCAGACGCUCUGUAUCACCCCAGACACGCUGGCAUUUAACGCCAACGGAAAUGUGUGUUUUAUGGAGCAGCUUAGUGAUGAUCCUGAAGGUGCGUUUGUACCGCCAGAGUUUGAUCUGACUGGUAACACAUUAGAGGCGCAUAUAUACUCUUUAGGAGCAACGCUAAAGGCAGCAAUUGAAUUUGUGAUUGAACCAGAGUUAGAGACACCAUUCUGUCAAGAUCUGAAUUCCUUGCUUGAUCUCAUGCAACAGGAAAACCCGGUAGACAGGCCUGAUAUUGAGAGCGUUAUCUCAUUGUGUGAAGAGAAAUUGAAUUGUUCUUCAUCUAUGGUUUGUCGAAGUCUUUCAUCCAUUGGAAGAAGAGUUCUGUCCAUAGAAUCGGUCAACGCUUUCCAAGAUGGUUUUGAUAUUCAUUGGAAGAGUAGAGACAAACGGGACUUGAAUGUUCAAACAACGGGAAAAAGCUCAACAAUUUACUCAUCUGUCACUGACGACUUAGCAAUUGGCAGUCGCCCAUGCAUCGGCCAUGAGAUCAAUUUAUUACAUGAACAAGGGAGUGAGAAUGGAUGGAGAGAAAUUGGAAUAAAAUUAGAGAGACCUUAUCAAAUUCAACACUCAGUGGAUAAAAACCUUAUGAAAAACACUGGGAUAAAAUCAAAAACUUCCUGUUUGGAUAGUUGUGAACGAUUUGUUGAUAGAGAAAAACUUGCAGACGAAAUGACAAGACUAUCUUUGAAAAAGCACAGACGAAAUAAACCCACAUCCCCAACUAGUUCUUACGAAAAGUGCUCAUUUUCUCAGUUAUCACAAUGUGAUGAAAAGGUUACUUUGAAAAGCUGGCCUUCCAUGCCAAACUGUUUGUCUCCUAACAGUGUAGAGGAGGACCAAGUCAAUUCAAUUAGUACUCAAAUGAGUCAGCCAAAAAAUGUUUUAUGUUUUGUGAAUUCACAAAUGACUGAUAAUACUUUGUUUUCUUCCAUCCCUAUGCAAAUGAACAAAAACUGUGAUACGAUAUGCCAAGAAGAGUGCCAAUUACAGGACACUUAUGAUAAUAAUGUAACACUGGUUGGGCACGAAAAAGAACAUACGUUAAGUACAGACAAAGUAAACCCUCCAGAAAUAUAUGCGACAUCUGAGGAUCUAAAUGGACCUACACAAAUAGGCGUAGACAGAUCUACUAAAACAAGUGAAAUGCUGGUGGCAACACCAGUUUAUAAAGACAUGGAUAUUUCACAACCUGUAGAUUCUCCUGAACCUUUUGCUGAUAUUGGCAAAGAUAUAGACAUUACAUCUUUAAAUGAAGACCCAAAGUGGAUUUCUCUGAAACAUCUUUUAAUCCAAUAUGGGAAACCAUUAAAAGAAGAUGAGUUAUGGGCUUUAUGUCACGAGUGCUUAUAUACUCUGCAGACAUAUAUAGAUUAUCCAGCCAUAUUGUGUCUCGAGUCUGUGUUUAUUGACCAAAAUGGAGAAGUUCUUUUUGUUGCCCAUCAAAAUGAAGAUCCCUGUGAUGAUUUUUGUGUACCUCCUGAAUUCAAUGAACAAAAAGUGGGAAACGAGAAGUCUUGUAUUUACGGUAUAGCAGCUAUUUUAUGGUCAGCUGCUAAAUUCAACUUCCCUCCUAAUCAUAAACUAACACUGCCUAAGAAACUGAAACGAUUUCUUCUGCAUAUGGCAAAACGGAAUGCUGAUGAAAGGCCAAAUUUAGCGGAUGCUCUGCUGAUUUGCAGUAAUUAUCUGUUACACAAAGGCAUAAACAGUAAAGAUAUUUGGGCAAGCAUAAGCAAUUGUGCACAUCAGUCAGCGCAGAAAACAGAUGCACACUUAAAAGAUCUGCCUUCUGAAUUCACAGAUGACUUUUCAGAGCCUACAUCAGGGUUUGUUCCAGUUUUAACUAAUAGUAAAAUUCUGGCUGUGAAAGGUCCUGUUCCUUUAAAAGAUGAACGUAUCAAUUUGCCAUCUGCGUUUACAUCUGCAGCAUCAUAUUUCAAGCCUAUAAUAUUAAUGCAAAAUGAAGGUAUUUGCAGCAACAAACAUAUAUCUGAAUCCCAUUAUGCCAAUCCGCUUGAAGAUGAGAAAGAGCAAGGAACUAAAAAAGAAUAUAUUUCUCCUAAUGACACUGAUGAAAACCAUACGGAUGAAGGAACGAUAAGGCAGUUCCAACAUGUAACUAAAAUUCCCUCAAGGAUCCAGGAUUCCAAAAACUGGAAUUUACCAAUUUCAGAUUGUUCAUUGGAUCAAAAAGGAAAAAAAUCACCUGAGUCCUCAUCUAUAUCCUCAAACUCAUCAACAUUGACAAGCAGUCCUAUUACGAAUAAUUAUCUUCUAAAACAAGAUCCCAAAACUGGAACCCUGCAACUUGUACGUGUACAGCUUAGUGUACCAGAACAUGCAUUAAGUAUUGAUGGUGAACAUGGGACUCAGAAUGUGCAACUUGUAGAAACCAUAACAAACAAUGACAUUAAUACUUACAAUUUAAAAAACUGUGAAGCUACCACUGUGUUGAGUACUGCCAACAGCAAAGAUCUCCAUGUUAAAGUAAAUGAUAUUAUACCAUUGGCUGGUUCCGAAUUAAAUCCUAAAUCUGAAGCUUCUCAGUUUUUUCCAGAUGUGAAAAAUUGUGAGAAAACAGCAGGCAAAAAUAUGUCACAAGAAUGUCAAACACGCAGGACGGUGUGCUCUCCUUUGCAAAAAGUGCUUCAACUUAUACACGACGAAUUUGCAUUUGAUGGUUACUUAGAAAAUGGAGUUGAAGAUCUUGCAAUGGGUGAAUAUAUUUUUGCCUUAAAAGGGCUUCAGUUUUCAACAUUCUGUGGUGCAGUAUGUGAGAAGUUUUGUGAUCUCUACUGGGAUGAACAGUUGCUUGAGAAUCUUUACUUUGUCAUCAGUGGAAAGUCUCUGCCAUCAACCAGAACAAGCCUGACAGAUUCUGCUCAUCAACAUAACCAUGCACAGAAUACAAAGAAAGUUCAAAGGAGAUCACGGAAAUAUAAAAAGCCGGGGAAAAUGUCAACUAAGGAACAGAUACUGUCAGACUCAGAGGCAAUGUCAACCAGUACAACAAGAGAUAAUAAGGCUGUGGAAAAAGAUGGAAGAACAGAGGACUCCAGUUGUGCGUUGGUAAUGAAUACAACAGACCCCAAGAUGGCGAUAUCUAGCACUGGACACGAUUUUCCUAUAGAUGAGUUGGACGUGAAUGACACCAUGCCUGAUACAACUGGAAAGAUUCAUCAGUUGGAAGAAUCUAGUUUCUGCACAGAAGCCGAUGACCAUUCCUUGUACAAAUCAUUUUCAGAUUGCAACAGUUAUUGUAUCAGUCCAGAUUUGAUAGAUGAUAAUGAAGAAAACAGUGAAGAUUUAUUUAUAAUGCAUCGUGAUUACAAUCCUGCCACGUCCAUCUGCCCACCUGAUCUAUACAAAUGCAGUCCUGGAUGGAGUAGUGCAUUCUAUGGGGAUGAGCUUUUUGACUCAGAUGUACAGCAUUAUGUUAGCAUUCUGGGGAAAAACAAGAAAGCUGAAAACAUACAUGUCAAAAGAUUGGAGCUUGAACAGCAGCUUAUGAUGGAGACAAAAAAUUACAGAAAAACAAUUAAACUUUACCAAAAGUUGUUACUCAAAGGCAAAAGAAGCAAAGGUUCUGAAGUUAAAGAACUCAUCCAAAAAUUGAAAAGACAUUUGGAAGAAAUGAAAUCCAAAGUGCAGUUUCUAGAAUUAGGCAAAAAAUUGCUUCAAGUUUCUUAUGCUGAACAGUGGGGUCUUGGAGCUAAUAUACUUUCUGCAGUAGCAAAGCUUACACCAGAUCAUAAAAUUGGUGAACAAUCAUCUGAUGAUGAAUCAUUUCUGCUCAUCUAUAAUGAAAAAGGACAAACCAAUGACAACACGUCAAAAAACCUGCUUGCUGGGACACCUGUUGGAUUAAUGGCUCAUCUUUAUGCCAGUAAUGCCGUACUGGAUGGAUAUGUUCAGCAAUUCCUCUACACAUUCAGAUAUUUCUGUUCUCAAGAAAAUCUUCUACAGUUUCUUAUUGAAAGAAUUCAUAAUAAUUCACCAAGAGACGGUAGAGAUUCUUCAUCAUUGGAGAACAAGAUCUAUCACUGUUCACUUGUUUUACUACAAACAUGGAUCGAAGAAUGUUGGCGUAUAGAUUUUUUCCAAAAUCCAGAUCUGUUAGAUAAGUUGGAAGAUUUGAGUAAAUCUCAGACUCUUCCAAAAGAUGAGCCUGGUGAAUACCUGAUGUCAUUGCUGCAAAAAGUUUCCAGUAAAAGAAACACACUAACGUCACCAACUUUUAACUCUGGAGAUAAGAAAGAGGACACCAAAUCAUUACACUCACUAUACACAAAGUUAUCUGAAGAUAGCAUCUCAAGAAAGAGCUUUAACUGGAAAAUCUCCAAAGGGAAUGGACAUAAUUUUCCUCAACAAAAGGAUAAGCAAUACACCAUUGUAUCGGCCUUACCUCGUCAGUGUUACCCUGGUUUUGUCGAAGAGCUUUCCCUGAAUAGUAUCAAAGCGGAAGAGAACACAACGUACUCUAUUCAUGAAUGUACUGUCCAGCAGAUCGCUUCUCAAUUAACAUUACUCCAAGAGGAAGUAUUUCAGAAGUGCCAUCCGGUACAUUUCCUGAAUUCACGAGCUCUGGGACUUAAAGAUAAAUCUAUUAAUCUGCCAAAAAUCAAUCACGCUAUGACUGUUCCUGUAGACGCUUCCAGCCUGUUUGUGCCGAACUGCACACAAGACAGAUAUCUCUUGUAUAUGUUGCAAUUUGCAGAAAAUGUCAGUACUUGGGUUGCUGCUGAGAUUGUGACGUGUCAUACUGCUAAGUUGCAGGUUAACAUGCUGACAAAAUUUUUACUCGUUGCUAAAUUAUGCUAUGAACAAAGAAAUUUUGCAACUUCUGUCCAAAUAUUAGGAGGUUUAGAGAACCUGAUUGUACGACAACUCCCAGCUUGGAAAAAUUUACCUUCCAAAGUGUCAGAAAUACUUGAAGAACUAAAAGCUGUUGAGGUCUUUCUGAAGAGUGACAGUUUGUGUUUAAUGAAAGGAGAUAGAUUCAGGACGUUACCUACAAUUCCCUCUGCUUACGUCUUAGCAAUGCAUGUGCAGCAGUUGGAGACCGGCGGCUUUACAAUGGCUAAUGGAGCUUUUAAAUGGAAUAAACUUAGGAAUAUUGCAAGAGUCGCAAGCCAAGUUCACGCUUUUCAAGAGAUCCCUUACUCUUUCACUCACGAACCUGAACUUCAGUUUUACCUUCGGCAGCGAAUCACUCAGUUCAGUGAUGUCGAUAUUUCUGUCUUGGCAGCCCGAAACAAUACAAAUUUCCAUCAUGUCCAAUCUGAGAAGCAUUCACGAAAAAUACAGGAUACUCUACGUAAAAUGAAAGCAACUUUUCAGUGAUUUCCAUGGAAGUUAAG